UGCUGAAGGAGAUGAGGGAAUCUCUCAACAUGUGUACCAAAAAUGCUUGAUAAGCUCGACAAAAGCACGUCCAACAAACUAGGUCACGUUAAACAGAUGCUCGAAUCGUUGACCUCAGACCGUACGGACGACCGUGUGAUUAGAGAAGGUAUUGAACGCAUGCGCCAGCAUGUCAUAGACCGGAAGAGAAUUGUGCGAGUUGCAGACGAACUACCAUGGGCUAUACGUGUCGCUAUUUAUAGACUGGUGAAUAAAUUCGAUCAUCUUACUUGGCAAGAAUUUGCCGAGGUUGUCGGGGUUAACGAAUCUACAAUACAGUCCCGUGGCGGCAGGAAAAAAGAUGCAGACGACAUUGAGCAUUCGGAUAUCCUUGACAACGAUAUGUGCGCCAAAAUUCUUGCUCAGUGGAUAACACAGUCGGAGGAAAACGAUGCUGACAAAUUGAUGAACAUUAUACAAGAAUUUGAUGCUCAAACAUCGAAAGAAAUGACUGAAACGUUUCAAAAGAAAACAGUCGGCCAGCCACUUUCCUCAACAUUUGUUUGA